GAGAAUAAGAAACCAUUCUGAAUUUCAUUGCAUUCUUUCUCAGGCAAAGAGUGACACAGAGAUGUUCCUCAAUCCAGGCACUAGGAAAUAUGCUUCCAUAGAAGCUGUGCUCUGCAGCUGGUUUUCAGAUGAGCAUCUUCAUCCUGACUGAGGCUCAGAAGGUGGGAUUCAUCUACCAUAGACUUCUGCUUAAAAUUCUUUUCUCUUCAGUGAAAAUUGUCUUCUGAAGCCAACAUGAAACAUUAUUUCUUUCUGAAGUCUGCAGGUUAACUUAAAUAGGUUAAUAUUUUGCUUUCAUGUCAAAGAAAUGUCUGUGUCCUAGAUUAGUACUCAAGAGAAAACAGCAUUCAGUGUAACAUGUAUGUGAGAUAAUGAAUUAUACCUGGUGGAUGGAGGCCCUUGUGUUCCUAUAGAAAACAUAUAAACAAGUAAAGUGCAGACUAAGCAUCUGCUUGCAAAGGGUAUUGGGAUUAUAUUAUACUAUAUUAUAUUAUAUUAUAUUAUAUUAUAUUACUGCAAAGGGAUUGUGUUAAUAAUUUUGGAGGGAAUCUGCAGAUGAUGCAGGUAAGACUCUGGCACCUCACAUUUUAGAACAAAAAUUAUGAUCAGUAAAAUUAUGAAUAAAUGAAACUUGUUAGCAAGUGUUUUUUUUUCGUAUGGAGGACACAUAUGUAAGCCUAUGUUCAUCUGUGUGAUUACAACACAGGUGGCUUUAUCAGAAAUAUUUGGUGUUUUUAAAAAUUUUUUAGGAUGAGUAGUAUAAAAUUUUCUCAAAAGCCAACAACUCAAUUUCCUACCACUGAAUUCGGUUACACAACUUCAUUAUUGUGUGCAAUAUUAUAUUGUUCCCAUACAUACUAUUUUUAAUAUGUUACUAUAACAUAAGGAAAUUCAGUUAAUUAUUUUUAUGUUGCAUUUAUAUAUUCUUUUAUUUUUUAUUGAUUUAGCUACAUCCCAAUUGAAGCCUCUCCUCUCUCCUAAUUGUAUUGAAUUCUGAUGAUGGAAUCACAGACUCAUAGUAGACUCUUUACUGUCUGUAUUCAUAUGCAAAGACCUUGGUGUGUUAAAAUGUGUGUUAUUGUGCUCUUGACCUACUGGACCAAUACAGAUGUAGUUGCAAUACAAAAUUUACAUUGAGGCAGGAGAAAUAAAAUCAGUAUAAAAUUUUAUUUGAGUUUUUAUACAUUCAUUGUUUUUCAGGCAAUUUGCCUGUAAUGUGAUAGAAUAGUGUCUCACUUAUCAAGUGAAGAAAUUGUCUCAAAUCAAUUGGUAAGUGUGGACAAUAAAACAGAGACCCGAGGAGAGUAGUGUCCUACCUAAUCAUUACUCCAGGGUUGAAUAAAGGCCUCUCCAUGUCUGCUCAUGGUAAAUCCGUGAAAACCACUGAGGAAGUGGCUCUUCAGAUCCUUUUGCUUUGCCAGUUUGGGAUUGGGACCGUGGCCAAUGUCUUUCUGUUUGUCCAUAAUUUCUCUCCAGUCUUGACUGGUUCUAAACAGAGGCCCAGACAGGUGAUUUUAAGCCACAUGGCUGUGGCCAAUGCCUUGACUCUAUUCCUCACUAUAUUUCCAAACAACAUGAGUGCUUUUGCUCCCAAAACUCCUCCAACUGAACUCAAAUGUAAAUUAGAAUUCUUCAGUCACAUGGUGGCAAGAAGCACAAAUUUGUGUUCCACCUGUGUCCUGAGUGUCCAUCAGUUUGUCACUCUUGUUCCUGUUAAUAGAGGUAAAGGUAAACUUAUACUCAGAGCAAGUGUCCCAAAUUUUGCGAAUUAUUCUUGCUACAGUUGUUGGUUUUUCAGUGUCUUAAGUAACAUCCACAUUCCAAUUAAGGUCACUGUUCCACAGAUAAUAGACAAUAACACUGACUCUAAAAGCAACUUGUUCUGUUCCACUUCUGGAUUCAUUGUAGGCAUUGUCUUCUUGCAGUUUUCCCAUGAUGCCACAUUCAUGAGCAUCAUGGUCUGGACCAGUGUCUCCAUGGUACUUCUCCUCCAUAGACAUCGCCAGCGAAUGCAGCACAUCCUCACUCCCAAUCAGGAUGCCAGAGGCCAAGCUGAGACCAGAGCAACCCAUACUAUCCUGAUGUUGGUGGUCACAUUUGUUAGCUUUUAUCUUCUAAAUUGUAUUUGUAUCAUCUUUCAUGCCUUUUCUAUACAUUCUCGUCUCUUCAUAAGGCUUGUCAGUGAGGUUCUGGCUGCAGUCUUCCCCAGUAUCUGCCCCUUACUGUUGAUCUUCAGAGAUCCUAAAGAUCCUUGUUCUGUGCUCUUCAAAUGUUGAAAACAAGAGCCCCUAAAUACUGCCAAAUACAGAAGACAUCUUCACUAAUAACAUUAAGUACUUUAUUCCAUAUAUAUGUUUUCAACAUUUUGUAUGAAUAAGGUGUGGUGCUCACUGCUGUAAUUUUAAAAGAAUAAAGCUAUACUCAUUUGUUGAUGUGAAA